AUGCUAAUUCCUAGUAUGAAUAUUUCCCGUCUCAUGGUGCAUUCUCAACAAAUUGAGGAGCAAAAGCUUAAGAAAACAAAUAGGGAGUGGAAAAGAGCUAGAUCCGAUGAUGAGAACUUUCCUAAUGCUAAGUCCGAUGGACAAGGUAGGCCUAGGACUAAACCAAAGUAUUUCGGCCAAGAAUCUCCAUUUCCUAAGCCUAGUUGCACCAAGUGUGGGAGGAAUCAUCUUGGUAAGUGCCUAGCCGGCAUGGAUGGUUGCUUUGGGUGUGGGAAGGAUGGGCAUAAAAUGAGAGAUUGUUGGGUCCUUAAAACUAAAGGAAGAGAGGGUAAGAAAGUUGACUCUAGUGGUGUUGAUGAGGAGCCUCGAAAGAAGAAUAGGUUUUAUGCUCUCCAAUCUAUAGAAGAUCAAGAAUGA